AUGGAUUCAUGGAAGAUCAUCAGAGAGUUGGUGAUUGAGAGUGACAGUAAUGAGAGGAUUAAAGCCGUUGAAGUGAAAGAGCUAGAGCUAAAGGUGAAAGAGAAGGAGGUUGAAGCGAAAGAGGAGGCAAUCGAGGAAUGUUUUAAGGAUUUGGAGGGGAGACAAGGGGUGUUUGUGGAGAAAGCGCAAGUGAUUAGCAUGAAAGAGGAGGAGUUAUAG